GCAGGUUCUCAUUAGUCGACCACCGGCUUGCGAAUAAACGAGAUUAUAUACACUAAUUAUAUACCGAGUCAAUUUUUUAAAAGAGUAAAAAAAUUGUUUGUUAAGCGAAUUUUCAUAUAAUAGGAAUUAAAAGUAUUUAUUUUAUUUAUUAUUUAGGGAGUGAACAGUGAACUAAAGAACUUUGGUUUCAGAGGUUUUACCGGUAAUUAAUAUACAUUUUAAACAAAGGCGAGAAUAAAAGGAUUUCUUAACUAGGCCAUGUCGGCCGAUAUUACUGACGUAGCAAGAAUUCAGGAUGAGGACAUACUACGAAAAAUGUGGCAAGAAACCGAUGACUUUGGACGCAAAAAGGAGAUAAGGUCUCACAUGUACAAGCUACGUGAAGCUCGCCUAAAAGACUUUUAUAAUUCCGCGGACAUUAACACCGAGUUCUACCAGUCAUCAACUACUAAAUCAUCUACUGAAAAUACUGCGAAAUCUAAUAUGUCUACUAGUCACGCUGAUUUCUUAACAGAUCAAAGCUAUGAAACAUUAAAAAGUAAAGAAGUAAGAGAUGCUGAAAGUCCAACUAGAGAUAGUUAUAAUAAAACGAUACUGAGGCAUCAAGACCAAGGUUGGACAGUUAAUUCAUCUAACGAACGUAGCGCUGAUGGUAAGACCCACACGUCCUCACAUUCAGCUUCUACUUCUGGAACCCAACAAUUGGACAAAGGAAAAUUAGAUUAUGCAGCAAAACUGGAAGAAAAAGCAACAGUAUUUCAAGAUGGGGAUGACCAAAAUUUUGUUAAGUCCGUGGGAACUUCUUCCAGUUCUGUGAUUAAACAACAAGCUAGUGGAGGAGAUGAGCAUUCUAGUUUUAUGUCCUCUAGCAGUAAGAGCUCCUCUUCUUCUCGAUACGUCACUGAAAGUAAAAGUGCCACAGAAGAAAUACGGGCUUUGCCUUCAAGCACUAAAACCACCAGUGAUCAAGUACCAUAUUCGAGAAUCAAUGAAGAUAAUGCGACAUCGGUGGUUCAGAAAACUUACACGACUAAUGCUCCAAGCGAUAUUAAAAGGCAUCCCAACUAUGUUGAAGGAAAGACUAAGGUAACUCAGGAGACGAAAACUUUAGCAGAUGGCACCAUAGUAACAACAACACACUACGAGACUAAAGAUGGUAAUUCCACUUCAACUGCUACUCAUAAAAAGUACUCUAACAUCGGUUCGGCACAUCUGGAGCAAAGCAGUUCUUUCAAUAAAACUCACGAGCAAUCGAGCAAAUACAUAAACAAUGAUCGGAGGAACAGUACUAAUAAAACUAAUAAGAAAUUAAUUGAAUACGUUAUUGAACCAGCAAGUACUGUGGAUACAAGCAAUGACACACAUUUUAAAGAAACGAUUUCCAAUCAGCAAUCAUCUAAAACCACCAGACAGUCAUAUAGACAAGAUGAACAAGACUUUACAACUGAUAGCAGACGCAAACAAGAGACGAUAGAAUACGUAGAGAUACCUUUAGAAAUUCCUUCCAAUGAUCAAAAAGUCACAACCAAAACUACUACCACUAGAACCACAGUUUCUGAAAGCGUUCCGCAAGUUCAAACUGAUGUUACUUACCUCACUACCUCCACACACAAUAUUAAUCAAAACCAAGAGGUAAAUGAGACAAGAGGAGUUAGAGAUGAUCAUUUUAUUACUACGGAACGAAAACAUGAAGUGGAUACAAGGGCUCCCAAAAUGGGGCAUCCUGAAGAAAUUCCAAGAGUAGCAACUCAACCAGAAAGGCGAGCACCCGCUUCAUCACCAAAGUCUGAAAUGGACCAAAAAAGGCCUCCAACUGAAGGCCAAUACGAUACAACAUAUCGCAACGAUUUUACGAGUAAAAAAAUAUCGGUUGAAGUCAGUGCAACUCAUAAUGCAUUUGCAAGAUCAUUGAGGUCUAUUACACCCGAAAGAAUUACUAGAGGACCUAAAUCAGACAGCAGGAAUUCGUUGAGAAGCACUAGCAGCCCUGAAAAGAUGAGAUAUCCUUCAAGAUCAUCGCCUGAUCGUCAGAGUAGAGCGAAAAGUCCCAAAAAAAGAACUGAAAGAUUCUCAAGUACUGAAACUAUUACAUAUCCGAAAAACCGAAAAUCUUCAUUAAACGAGUCUCCAGAAAGACCGACGAGUAAACAAACUAGAAGAAGUAAAACUGAACAUUAUAGCACUGAGACUCUUACAAGAACUUCCAAUGUUCUCAGCAAUAAAUACGAGAAAGAUACUGUGGAUACGAGUACUCUUACAAGAAGAAAAGACAGCGCAAGACCUAGAAGCCCUUCUCCUACAGGUACUACCACCAGUGACUUUGAGUAUAUCCGGGAUGCAAAAGAUCUUACAGCCGACCUUAAUGAUGAAAUAAUUGUAAGAAGAAGUACUACUUCUGGUAAAAAAGAUGAUAGACCAUCAAGUCUCGACAUUACAACAAGGAAAACUAAAAAAGUUAAAGAAAGGUCUCCAACCUCACCUUUACCUGACUUUACCGGUCCUCGUACGUCACCUCCAAAGCAAAACUCUUUAAGUACUGAAAGUGCCUCAACCCUUGAGAGACCUAAACUUAUUAGAACUGAUACAUACGAAGAACGUGUUAAAGAACUUUUAGGCUUAACUAAAAGUACUAAUGAGGUACGGAGAAGCAGCCUGGAAAAGACUUCUAUAAAAAGAAGUUCAUUUAGUUCUAAAACUAGCAGCGAUGAUUUGACAAGGGUUACGAAAGAAUCAACUAAAAGGCAAUAUUCUGAUAGAAAGAGUCCUGCAAAAGAGCCUCAGAGAGGAAAAUCACCAGAGAAGGUUUCACCCACGACAGUCAAUAAGUCAAAGCCCACAAUAUCUGAAUUUCCGUCGCAAGCUAGGAAAUCUCCGGAAAAGGAGCCAUUGGGGCCGUAUCCUGAAAAAUCUAGGUCCACUAAGACAGCGCCAAGCGUCUCUGAAUUUCCAUCGCAAAUUAGGAAAUCUCCAGAGAAGCAGCCAUUGGAGCCUUAUCCUGAAAAAUCUAUGCCUACUAAGACAGCGCCAAGCGUCUCUGAAUAUCCGUCGCAAAUUAGGAAAUCUCCAGAAAAGGAGCCUUUGGAGUCUUAUCCUGAAAAAUCUAGACCCACUAAGAUAGCGCCAAGCGUCUCUGAAUUUCCAUCGCAAAUUAGGAAAUCUCCAGACAAGGAGCCUUUGGAGUCUUAUCCUGAAAAAUCUAGACCCACUAAGAUAGCGCCAAGCGUCUCUGAAUUUCCAUCGCAAAUUAGGAAAUCUCCAGAGAAGCAGCCAUUGGAGCCUUAUCCUGAAAAAUCUAUGCCUACUAAGACAGCGCCAAGCGUCUCUGAAUAUCCGUCGCAAGUUAGGAAAUCUCUAGAAAAAGAGCCUUUGGAACCUUAUCCUGAAAAAUCUAGGCCCACUAAGAUACCGCCAAGCGUAUCCGAAUUCCCGUCACAAAUUAGGAAAUCUCCAGAAAAGGAACCUUUGGAACCCUGUCCUGACAAAUCUAAACCUACUAAAGUAACGUCAAGUGUGUGCGAAUUCCCGUCACAAAUCAAAAAAUCUCCAGAAAGGGAGCCUCUUGAACCGUAUCCCGAAAAAUCUAGGCCUACUCAUACAGCACCUAGUGUAUCUGAAUUUCCAUCACAAAUUACAAAAUCUCCAGAAAAAGGACCUAUGGAAACAUACCCUGAAAAAUCUAAGUCUACCAAGAAAACUCCUAAUUCUUCUGAAUUUCCAUCACAAAUAAGAAUAUCUCCAGAAAAGGAGCCUUUGGAACUUUACCCAGAAAAAUCUAAGCCCACCCAGAAAACUCCUAGCAUUUCUAAAUAUCCAUCACAAAUCAGGAAAUCUCCAGAAAAGGAGCCUUUAGAACCUUAUCCAGAAAAAUCUAAACCUACUAUGAAAACUUCCAGCGUUUCUGAAUUCCCAUCGCAAAUCAGAAAAUCUCCAGAAAAAGGACCUAUCGAACCAUACCCUGAAAAAUCUAAACCUACUAAGAAAACUCCUACCGUUUCUGAAUUGCCAUCACAAAUCAGAAAAUCCCCAGAAAGGGAGCCUUUGGAUCGUCAUCCAGAAAAAUCUAAGCCUACUAAGAAAACUCCUAUUUCUUCUGAAUUUCCAUCACAAAUCAGAAAAUCUCCAGAAAAGGAGCUUUUAGAACCUUAUCCAGAAAAACCUAAACCUACUAUGAAAACUUCCAGCGUUUCUGAAUUCCCAUCGCAAAUCAGAAAAUCGCCAGAAAGGGAACCUUUGGAAUGUUAUGCGGAAAAAUGUAUGCCUACUAAGAAAACACCCACCGUUUCUGAAUUUCCAUCACAAAUUAGAAAAUCUCCAGAAAAAGGACUUAUCGAACCACACCCUGAAAAAUCUAAAUCUACUAAGAAAACUCCUACCGUUUCUGAAUUCCCAUCACAAAUUAGAAAAUCUCCAGAAAAAGAGCCCUUGGAAUCAUAUCCAGAAAAAUAUAAGCCUACUAAGAAAACUCCCAACUCUUCUGAGUCUCCAUCACAAAUAAGAAAAUCCCCAGAAAGGGAGCCUUUGGAUCGUCAUCCAGAAAAAUCUAAGCCUACUAAGAAAACUUCCAGCGUUACGGAAUUCCCAUCACAAAUCAGAAAAUCUCCGGAAAAGGAGCCUCUGGAGCCCUAUCCUGAAAAGAUAUCAACUAAAAUCAGCUUAGAUAUCUUAGAGCUUCGUGGAUCAAACAUAUCUGAGCCAGAUCAAGAUCUUAGACAACCAGGUGCUCAACCGCAAUCGCCAACCGAAAUAUCCUCAAAAGUAAAGAGAAUCAAUAAAUUUGAUAAAACUUUAAAAACAAGGACCUCGUCAGAAAGUUCAACAUCCUCUGAGGAAGACGUACAUGAAGAAUUCAGUUCAGAAACAGUAACAUACACCGAAAAUCAAAAACCUGUUGCUGAACCUAUUUUAGAGAAAAAGAUAUUCAGUAAGCUUUGCCAAGCUGAUGAACUUUUAAUUGAUAAGAAGAAAAUCGCACGAGAAUUCAUUGAAUCUGAGAUUGUUGAAAGUAAGCAAACAUCAUCGACAAAGCUUAAGAUAGCAAAGAAGCAGCCGAUAAAGAAGGUAGAACCUCCAAAGCAAGAACUGAAAAAACCCAUAACUAAGAAGAUAGUCAAAACUGAAAGCGUCAAUAAAACAAAUAAUAUUCGAAAAGAUAUUUCAAAGGAUAGAAUACCAGUAAGAACCCCAACCAAAAGCACUACUGAGACUUCUGUUCUUACAAGAACAAUUAAGAAAGAUAUUCCAAAGACGAAACCUCAGAAACCAACUGAGGUUUAUAGGGUGGAAAAAACUAAAUUUAUUACAGCUACUGAUGAUAAAUCCUCCAAAGCUCCCAGAACUAUACCCAAAAAAGAACCGUAUAAAAAAACAGUGGAAAUCAAAAAUACUCUUGAAAAUAUUGAGCACUCGGAAAACCUUAAAGAAGAUAAAUCAAUUCAUAUUAGAACAAACCGUGUGGAUGACACCGUAACAAAGAAAAAAGUUACUAAAACGAUCUUGCUAAAUGGUGACAUAGAAAAACCUAAAUCGAGAGAAUCACCCACCAAAACAUUUACUCUAACCAAAAAAACACCAAUCAAUGUCAAACCAAUCAACAAAGUAGCCGAAGCAAAACCGAAACAGACAUCAACAAUUCAAUCGAAGUACUCGACAACAGUUAAAAAAGUUGUUAAGGACACGAGACCAAGCGCCACUAAGCCUGUGGAUGCUAAAAAACAUAUUGUAACUGCCACAAUCAAGGUAUCGCCAAGAACAAUUCCAAAACCAACACCAAAACAAACUGCAGUAAAACCAGUGAAACCUGCUGAAAAGCCCUUACAUGUCAAGAAGGUGAGCAAACCUAUUUCUAACGGUUAUCAAUCAUCUGACACAGAAGAUGAUGAGUCUAACAUCGAGAGCGUCGAAGGAUCUUUCAUCGAUUUGACUGAAACAACCACAGAACGUAUCACAGAUUCAACCAGAAAAAUUGAAUCUGACAGUGAAGACAUUCACAGAAGAGUGAUUACUACUAAAACUGUUUUAAUAAACUCAGAUAAUUUCCCAGAACGUGAAAUAAUAGUAAAUCUUCAAAGAUCUAAGUCUUCUAGAGAACCUUCGCCAGACAGAGUGUAUGCUAGGCCGCUAACGAGUGAUGAAGAAGACGACUCAUACGCACCUGCAAGAUAUCCAGAUCAAAUAUUUGAACCAGAUGAUGGCUCUCCAAGAAGGAAGCCCAAAAAAUUAACUGAUAUGCCUAUAUUUGAAAAUGAUGACUUUUCCGAGACUAGAAUUACUGAAGUAGUAGACGCUACAACUAGAAUUGAUGAAACCAAUGUGCAUAAAGUUGAGGAAACUGAUGAAAGUUUACUGAGUAUCGACAAGAAAAUUAAUAAAUUUUUGAAUACUGCUGAAAAAUUGACAAAGGAACCCCUUAAGCCAAAGCCUGGAAAGGUAGAGAGACCUACUUUGGAAGUAACAGAGGACUUAAAAGAAGAUGAAUGUUUGUUAAGCGUGUCUGAUAAAGUUAGCAAGUUCCUUACUACAGCUGAACAACUCACUUCUGAAGCACCCAAAUCAAAACCUAAGAUUCCUAAUGAUAAUAUAAAUAUUCGAAAAAAAAAUGUAAUAACUACCACUGAAACCACUCUGCCAGGACAUGUACCAAAGGUUCCACGCCCAGAUGUAGCUAAUGUAGAUGAUACCCUUAAAGAAGACGAAUGCUUAUUAAGUGUAUCAGAUAAAGUUAGCAAAUUUAUUUCAACUGCGGAAAAACUCACAUCUACCGCAACUACUAAACCGGUUAGUCUUUCAAAAAUAGACCCAAUACCUACAAAGGCAAAGUCAAAAUCUCCUGAAAGGCAAUCUCCUAGUAAAGAAAAUGAGGCUGUGCCGAUACCAAAACCUCGCUCUCCAGAAAGACGAUCUCCAACUAAGGAUCAAACUGCAGGAUUUAUCGAUACUGAAAGAACCGAAGAAAUACGAACUCGUAAAUCUCAAUCACUCUCGCCAACACGUAGAUCACCAUCACCUGUUUUAAAAUCUUUUGCAGAACCAACCAAUGACCUUAAAACACCUCGAAGGCCAUCAAAAGAAGAUUUUAAAAUAAGCAACAUUACAAGAUUAAGAGGCAAUGAGAGUAUUAAAAAAGCGAAAGCCCUUUUUGAAAAUAUUAGUCAAGAUAACGAUACACCAUGGCAAAAAGAUGUACUUAGCAGACCAUCAGUAUUUAGUGCAAACAAAAGUAGUAAAGUGGUAGAAGAUCGUCAGGAAGUCAAGCGGUUUACGGAAUCCAAAAAAUCAAUUGCUGGAGACACUAUAGUGGUCGAGAAACAACUAGUAGGAAGACAAUCACCGGAAAGACUAGUCCGGAAAUCACAGUCACCCAGAAAAUCUCCAGAAAGGCAACCAUCACCUGAUAAAUACCAUGAAAUAAAACCAUUCAGGCCAAGUUCACCUGAAAAAAUACCAGAAAUUUUAACUCCAACCGAUCAAGAAUCAAUCAGAAAAAUGAGAAGUCGUGAUACUACUCCAGAAGGAGAUCUACCUCAUUACAUGAAACCUCUGGAUAGGAGCUUGAGGCCAAAUAGUCCUCAUAGGGAUAAUAUCCCCAAAGCGAAGCCUCAGCCAGUCCAACAACCAAUUCAUCCCGACGAGGUUGAUAUUAGGCAAACGAAGUUUGGUGUGACCUUAAAGAGGACUGACUCAGGGCGGACAGCAAGCAACAUAGAAACUUCCGCAAUAUCCACUGAGCGAAGGAAGAGCAGCAUAACCACGGAAAAACGAGUAACUGAAGAGGAAAUUGAUGAUAUUUUUGAAUUGAAAAUUUUAGAAGAAUUGUUGGAGAAAGUUGUCGGAUAUGACUUACGCCGUAAGAUUCGAACCCAAAUCAGACUAGUUAAGAAACUGACAUCAGAAGGCAAAUUGGAAAGCUAUAUUACCAGCAGAAAAACAAUUCCUCAGGAAGCUAUUACCCGCAGAGGAUCCAGCCCAUCAAAGACGAUCAAGACAACCAAAAUAACUGAAACUCAAUCGAGCAGUUUUACUCGUAGUCCGGAAGAUAAACUAGAAGAUGUUGAGAUUAAGAUAGAGCAAAAACGUAGAGGUUCUAGUCCGUUCAAGACAAUCAAACCAUCCAAAAGCCCUGAUAGGAAAACUGUAGUAGAUGGUAGCUGCUUUAAUCAAACUGAUAUUACCGAGAGAAGGAGCAGUGUGGAACAAAGUUCAGAGUACCAAUCAUCAUAUUCUUAUAACGAGCGAAGAUCAUCGACUGAAUCUUCAUCUCUUGUAACUAAAGCUAAGAGUCCUGAGCGUAACACCACAAGUCCACAGAGAACUGUUCCUGGAAAAAGAGUAUCUGAAUCGAUAGAAAUCAUACCUGGUGGUAAAGUCACUACUAUUCAGACUACCGAAACUGUUCCAGAAGGAACUAGGACGACAACCACAAAAACUACAGAAAAAUCUUUUACCACAUUAAAGAAAGUAACUCCACCAACGAAAAAGAUAAUAGAAGAUAAUCAACCCGAAUGGGUUAAGCAGAGAAACCUAAGAAAUACCAAACAAACAGUGGCUUCUAGUGCAAAAAAAAGUCAAACUAGCACCAACACCAGUACAAAAAAAACUACAAGAACAAGUCCAGCAAAAGAAGUUAAGGGCACUGACAUAAUAACCUCUAGUUAUGGAGUGGGCCCUACUGAUGAACAUGGUACUCCUUUAUUUGGAUUAAAAGCUUUGAGAGCUCAGAAUAAGAACGAGAAUAUUAAAGUUCAAGGGACGGUGAUUCGAAGCGAAUAUUAUUCCGAAAAUGACCAAGAGCCGGUUGGACAAAUAAGUGUUACGAAAUAUUCGAGCGAUCCGAACGAUUUAAGGCAAGACGGGCCUGUAUCUAUGGAUGGAAAUGUGACAAGUGUCACUACAACGCAGAAAUUUGGUUACAAGGAUACGCCCUCCUUGAAAACUUUAACUAAUAAUAAAAAAGAAAUAUGCGAUAGUACCGAAAAAUCUACAAGCAAAACUACAAAAAUUAGCCGAAGGGGGUCAGUAAAAGAAAUUUCUAAGAAAUUUAUUGAUAGUGCAGUUGAAAGUUUGAAGAAUGAACGGCAAACAACCUAUCCAAAGGCAGGUUUGAUCUUGCGCAGUUCCAGCUUCAAGAGUACGAACGGCGAAGGUGAGCCAAGCCGAGAAUCUUCUCCAGCUGAUGACAGAGAAGCCGAUAGUAGUACAGUAACUGUGAGAACUAUCAAGUCAAGCGGUGAAACGUUCUUGUCAAAUAAAAGUAGGAUUACUGACGCCCAAGAUGUGAUCACAAGAAUGAAAAAUGAAGAAUAUGAGGAAGGGGACACUGAAGAGGAUAUUGCUGCCAGAGGGUUGUUAAAUAAGUUUAUAGGAUCUCAAGUGAUGUUAUCUGGAAUGGAAGCGUGUGCAAAGUCAACAUCAACGACGUCUAGGAUUAUAUCAUCUCCUGUUAGUACUGUUAGAAGAUCAACGAAAAUAACUACUACAAUGACGGAAGACGGUAAACCGACCACAACGACAAGAGUCUUUCAAAGGCCAGUGACAGAAGAAGAAUUAGAAACUGUUUGGGACGAGCAAAGUCUUAGACUGUUGUUAGAGCAAAGCACCGAGUACGAGGAACGUAAAAUAAUCAGAAUCAGAUUACGCCAAGUAAUGGCCGAACAAGAAGUGUGCACAGCUUUAGUCGACGAGGCCACAAGAGGUGAAGAACCAAAGACCCCCACGACCCCAACAACUCCGGGACAACUAGAGGAAGCUGUAGAGACCACCAAAGAAGUUAAGAAGGAGGGUGACAUUACCACUACGAAAGUUACCACAAGAGUUACCCAGCAGCGUGUCGUGGCACCUAAGCCCAUCUCGCCUUUCGCCAAGUUUCGGCAGUUGGACAAACAAAACAGUGUCAAUAAACCCACCCCUCCAAGCACCCCGGGGACACCCCGUGGCUCUGGGCCCCUGUUUAAAUUCACUGACUCGGCCCUGACGCAGUCCGCGAGCACAAUAAAAGAUCGCCUUUUGCACUGGUGUCGGAUGAAGACUAAGGAGUAUGAGAACAUUCAAUUAGACAACUUCUCGAGCAGCUGGGCAGACGGACUGGCCUUUUGUGCCCUGAUUCAUCACUUCCUGCCCGACUCUUUCGAGUACAGCGCCCUCACGCCCAAAGAGCGAAGACAUAAUUUUGAGUUGGCGUUCCGAAUUGCAUAUGAGAAAGCCGAUAUCUAUCCUCUAUUGGACGUAGAAGACAUGUUAGAAACUCGAAAGCCGGACUGGAAGUGCGUUUUUACUUACGUCCAAUCAAUUUACAGACGCUUCAAAGAUGACGACUAAAUUCAAUUUCGUUUUAUUGCCAAAAGGCCUGUAGUAGCUUUAAUUUUUGUAUUCUACCCGAUUACUAAUAUUGAAAGAAAUAUAUAAUGUGCUGUUUUAAUUAAAAUCAGAUUCGUAUUGUAGUCAGUCGGGUAAGGUUUUAUUAUUAUCAUAAAUUAAAUUUGGCAAAUUUAUUGUGAAUGUUGUUCCUUUUAUAAAGUUUGAUGUUGAAUAUU